GUAGAGGGGGAGACAAAACCUAAUUUUGAUGAAAUCUCUAAAACAAAGCACCAAUGUCGGAGCAUCUUCCUCCUCCUCAAAGGAGGGCUUCUUCCGGAUUUGGUGAUCCCGCAUUGGUAUUCCCUGAGUUUGCUUCAAAGCAACGCGGCCUCGAGAAAGUUCAAGAAGAAGAAGGAGAAGGAGAAGAUAGCAGCUACGGCGGGAAAGGCUCUUUUGACCUGAGCUCCAGGUUCUCGAGCCCUUCCGUCUCUCGAAACGGGUUCGAAACCCCCAGAAAGACAUCGUCUCUGAAGCUUCCUGGAUUCAGAGAAGAAGAAGAGACGGACCGAAGUACAAACUCGGGUUCCUUUGUGGAUCGCGAGGAGAAGAGAAAGUGCCCUGGAUGUUUCAGAAAAUGCUGUGCAUGCACGUGCAUGUUUCUUUCCAUCGUUCUUAUAAUCUUAUUGUUGACAGGACUGUCUGUGAACUCUUCGGUGAAAGCUAGUCUGCCUCAGGUUUCUGUCACAAACCUCAGGUUCUCGAGGUUAGAUUUCGCUAAUUCGAGUACGGAUCUUUUGAUGAAUGCGAACAUGAAGACGGUUCUUGAGCUGUCUAACAAGAACGACAAGUUGUUGUAUUACAGCCCUAUGAAAGCUGCUGUCUCUUCUGAGAACAUAAACCUCGGACAGAAGAGACUUCUCGGAUUCACGCAGAGUCCUGGAAACGUUACGUAUUUGAGUAUUCCCACCAGACUUAGAAAGUCAAAGGUCUAUGAUGUUGAUGCUACGUUGCUGAGAAACAAAGAGAAGAAGCUUGAAGCUGUGGUUAAUGUGCGUUUGCGUGGGAAACUGGGUUUUGAUUGGUUGGGGUUUAGGAUUCGGUUACCAACUGUUAUUGCUUGUGAAGAUGUGAAACAGAGUGAUGUGAUCAAUGGACUCAAGCCCAUGUGUGAUGUUCGAAUCUUUUCGCAAUGAAAAUCGAUUAAUACACAAGACCC